CGAGACACCCGAACCGGCAGCGUCCCGCGCUAAGGAACCCGAACCCGCCCGGAGGGGACCCGAACCGGGACCGUCCCGUCCGGAAGGACCCGAACCGAACCCCCCAAGAACUCCUCCGGAACAACCCGAACCCACUCGGCCCCCGGGAUGCCCCCUCCGUGCCGCCCCCCGUCCCCUCUGCGCUGCGUGCAGGCCCUCAGCGCCCUCCUGGCGCUGGCGCUGUCCGCGGCCCCUGGCUACUGGAACCCGGGCGAGGGCGACGGCUGCUUGUCCGCCUGGGCCUUGUCCUUCGUCUUCACCACCCUCCUCCUCCUCAACGACGCCUUCCGCCGCCCGCCGCCCCGCCGCGACCUCCCGCUGGCCCUGGCCACCGCCGCCGCCAUGGCUUGCGCCACCGCCACCAUCUUGUGGCCGCUGGGCCACCUCCGGGGACACGAGGGCGGCCAGGGCCGCCCCCGCGCCCUCCGCGCCGCCGCCACGGCCGCUUCGGCCAUCGCCACGCUGGCCUACGCCGCCGAGGUGACCCGCGACCGGGCGCGACCCGGCGAGGCCGCCCCGUACCUGGCCACCCCCUCGGGGCUGCUCAAGGUGGCCGAAGCCUUCCUCGCCCUCCUCCUCCUCGGGCUGUCGGCCGAGCUGGGCGCGGCGUCGGGGCCGGCGGCCUUGCGCUGGUGCCUGGGCAUCUUCUGCGUGUCCUUCGUGCUGGGGGUGCUGCUGGUCGGGGGCUGCCUGCUGGGUUGGGGGUGGUGCGGCUGGAUGAGGGACCCCGAGGGGCUGCGCUGGGGGCUGGGGGUCUACGCCGGGCUGGGGGUGGUGGCCUACGGGGCGGCCACGGUGCUGUGGGCGCUCUACAGCUUCUCGGACGACAUGGGGGGCCAGCCCCGGAGACCCUACAAUUGCCCGGCCACGUGCCCCUGGGACAGGAAGGUGCUGGUGGCCGUGCUCAGCGGCCUCAACUUGGUGGCGUUUGGGGUGGAUUUGGGGCAGACGGGGAGGUUGGUGCUGUUGAGGGCCUGAGGGGGCACUCCAGGGUGAGUGGGGAGGGGGAUCCUGGCGGGAGGCAGAACCCUAAGGAGGGUCUGGGGUCUCCCACAGGUUGGGAUCAGGGCCUUUGUGGGGGUCUGGGUUGAUUCCUGGGGUGGGAUCAGGCUCCCAAAGGAUCCUUCUGGGGGGAGAGGUUUGGAGCCCUAAGAGGGAUCUCGGGGGCUAUUGGGAUCCUGAUUGGGGUCUGGGGUCACCCCAGGGUGGGAUCCAGCUUCUCUGGGGGUCUGGGGUUCUCUCCUGGGGUGGGGUCAGGCUCCUAAUUGGAAUUCUGGAUCCUCUAUAGGGCAGAAUUGAGCCCCGAACGGGGGUCUGGGGGGUUAUUGGGAUCCUGAUGGGGGUCUGGGGUCACCCCAGGGUGGGAUCAGGAUGCUAAUGGAGGUCUGGGGUCUCCCCUUGGGGUGAGAUCAAGGCCCUGCUGGGCAUCCUGGAUCCUUUCUGGGGCAGAGUCUGGCCCUUUUCAGGGUCAGGGUCCCCUCUGGGGAGAGAAUGGAACCCUCAUGGGGAUCCUGGUUCCUCUGGGGGGUGGGAUUCAGCCCUUGAUGGUGGUCUGGGGUCCCGCCAGGGUGGCAUCGGGUGCCUGGAUGGGUUCUGGAUCCUCUGUGGGGCAGGAUCUGGUGCUUGGGGGGGUCUGGGAUCAAGUGCCUGAGGGAUCCUUCUGGUGGGAUCAUGAGGGGGUCGUGGGGAGGGGGACACCGCU